ACCAAUUAAUUCCCUGUGCAAAGUGUCUCGAUCUGUGUUCAGGAGAACCUCAGUCUGACUCAGUAUCACUCCCCACUCGUUCUCGUAAGGAUUGUAACGUGUUUUAUUCGGUGUUGCAUUGCUUUGUGUGUCGGGAUCGGCUGGUGGUGAAGAUGCUGUGGUGGUCGGUGGCUCUGGGGUUCGUGGGACUGCUCUUUGCCCCUCCGGCUUUGGGGGAACACAAGCCCAAGACCUGUCUGGAUGUGAAGAACCUCUACAGCAAUAAGGGCUUCUCUGUGACCGGGGUCCCUGCCACCGAAAUCUCCGGAGAACACCUUCGCAUCUGCCCUCAGGGGUACACUUGUUGCACCAGCGACAUGGAGGUCAACCUGGCUAUGAAGAGCAAGAAUGAAUUUGAGUCGCUGGUCAAGGAUUCGAGCCGCUCAGUGCAGAACAUGCUGAUGGACCAGCACAGCACCUUUGACAGCUACUUCCACGAACUCUUGGACCAAUCUGAGAAAAAUCUCCACAAGAAGAUCCAGCAGAUGCACAGGCAACUCUACACUGACAAUGUUAAAACCUUCAAGGACCUGUUCAAUGAUUUGCGUCGCUACUACAAGGGGGCCAACAUCAACCUGGAGGAAGCGCUGAAUGAGUUCUGGACACGGUUGAUGGAACGCCUCUUCAGACAGCACAGGCAGCUCAAAUCGCAGCACCAGAUUACUGACGACUACCUGGAGUGCAUGGUUAAGCAGGCAGAGCAGAUGAAGCCAUUUGGCGAUGUACCACGGUACUUCAAGAUUAAGUUAACCCGAGUAUUGAUUGCGGCUCGCUCCUUCGUGCAGGGUCUCAGUAUUGGCAGUGACGUGGUCAAGAAAGUGUCUCAGGUGUCCGCAAGCCCAGAGUGCAUGCGAGCCAUGAUGAGGUUGAUGUACUGUCCGCAUUGCCGCAGCAUGGCCAGCAUCAAGCCAUGCAAUAACUACUGCCUCAACAUCAUGAAGGGCUGUCUGGCAAACCAGGCUGACCUGGACAGCGAAUGGAGAAACCUAAUCGAUUCUAUGAUUCAUGUUGCUGACAGAUUUGAUGGACCAUCAAAUAUGGAAUCAUUUGUUGAUGACAUUGACCAGAAGAUCUCAGAAGCAAUAGUAAACAUGGAAAAUAGAUUUGAGCAUAUCUUAUCGAAGGUUCAGCAAGGCUGUGGGCAUCUGAAAUCCACAGCCGAUCGAUCUCCUGGAGAUAACUCCAAAAGGCGUUCAAAGCGACAUUACGCAGAAGACAAAAUGGGCAGCUCAAUUGCCCCUCAGAUGGACAGGCUGGUUACUGAAGUGAAAAUGAAGCUCCGAGAUGUCAAAGAAUUCUGGAUUAAUCUCCCGGGCGAGAUGUGUCGUGAGAGAGUGACUGCAGGCUCAGCCAAUGAAGAUGAAUGUUGGAAUGGACAGAACAGAGGGAGGUAUCUCCCAGAAGUGAUGUCAGAUGGUCUAGCCAACCAGAUUAAUAAUCCAGAGGUUGAAGUUGACAUUACCAAACCGGACAUGACAAUUCGCCAGCAAAUCAUGCAGCUAAGAAUAAUGACCAAUCGCUUGCGGAACGCUUACCAUGGCAAUGACAUUGACUUCCAGGAUACAAGUGAUGACAGCAGCGGAUCUGGGAGUGGCGACGGCUGUUCAGAAAAUGCUUGCAGCAGGAAACGAUCCUUCAAUGCCGCCACAAGCGAGCCGCUCUUGUACCCCAAACCAAAGCCCAUCGGGAAGAACUCCAGUAACUCUAUCAGCCUCUCCUUAUAUUCUACCUUCUUCCACCUCUUGUCCGUGGCUCUUGCUGUGCAAUAUUUCUGGCGGUAAUUCUUCACCAGUUGUGGUGAUGAGAGAGACUAUGGCAAGGGGUCUGAAAUCUUUGCCAAAAAAUGGACAAAUGUUUUGUUUAUCUUUGCAGAAAAAAAAAUUCAAAUAUUUGGCUGUUUGUAAAUUCUGGCGGUGCUGGAGGUGAUUACUUUGGAUCUUUUGUGCACUGGGACCCUCUUUGGUUUUAAGGUGCCUCUUGUCUGUAUUCUUCGAUCCUGAUUUUGCCAGUUGUGACACCUUGAAUUGUUCAGAUACCUGUUCUUCCACACACAGCGUAGUCACAACGGCCUACCAAUGGGCUAGGGGUUCCUGCGGAUUGAGCGUUAUAAAGAAAUUUAGUUUCCUACUACGUUAAUUUUAAAAAUCACAGCUAAUGUAUUCUAAAUAAGUCCAUGCUAUAAGCACAUUGAUGGCAUGGGGAUGCCAAGUUUUUUUUUAUUGAGAUUUUAUUUGUUAAGCACAUUCUUGAUACAUUGAUAAUUAGAUCAUCACAGAGUACCAAUCCGCUGUCAUUUUUCCAGGGUAUUUAACCAUAUUUUUCCAAACGAAACAUUCCGAUGGUCUUAACCUAUGGAAUAUGAUGUAAUGGUACGGUUAUCUAUUUGAUAUCUUACUAUCUCAUGAUGUAUCUACUCAUUUAUAAGGCAUUUAUUUAAGAGGAAAAACUAGACAGCUUCAAAUUUUCCACACUUGAACUUCUGACUUACUGCAGGGUUGGAAGCUCAUGGUAUCUAUGAAAGCUGCAUACCACUGCUAAUAUAAUAGAGACUGAGAUUGGUGAACUUUUUGGUGUAUGAGAGAAACAAUUGGUGGCUUUCAACCCUCACCUAGAUUCAUUUUGAUUUAAAUAAAUUCUGACCAGAUGAUGCAGUCAAUUAAAUACUAAUCGUUCACUGAUGGGAUUUGGUUUGAAUCGAGCCCAGGUUGAUAGGUUGCAAGUUUUUCUUGGCUGUUUGGUAACCCUAAACGACAGUACCUACUUGGCUCACAUUACAAAACUGCCCUCACUUGGGCCCAAAAUUAGCCUGACUGACUUAGAUAGUCCACAGGUUGGCUGGGUUUGGAAAUGGAAAAUGUCCCAUUGGUGUCGUGGGAGAUACACUUCUGUCUUCUGAGGUUAUGGGGGGCGGAAUUGAUUCACAAUAUUAGAGCAGAACAGUGAAUGUAUCUCUGCAUUCAUCAGUACCACACUUCAUCUGGAAGUCCUUGAACCUAGGUUUCUGAAAAAAGUAUCCCAGACGAUAAAAUUCACUCUUUUAAAACAAAAGAAAAUGUUUUAUUGAAAUGUUUGUUUAGUUUAAUUCUGGCAUCCUGGAUGGUGCAGAGUAGAUUUUUCUCGUGAUCUCUGUGGUGACAUUUGUGAGUGACCCGUGGACAGAAGCACUUCCAAGAGACCAUUAACAAAAGGUAAAAGGUUUGUAGGUACGUUUUCUUAUUUGAGACAUGCAGAAAGCUGGCCUGAAGGAAGGUACUUUCCAGCAACCUGACAGACAUGAAGGCAGCCAGUAAAAAUCUAUCGAGUGCUUUUGGCUACACAAGAGACUGAUGAGUGGAACACCCUCAUGCUGUCUAAUUUCUCAAUCUUCCAUUUGCCUGUCGUGCGUGUGCUAAAAAUAUGCCUGUGGAGGGGGGAGAUGGAGGGAGGGAAGUACCCCACAGUUCUAAUACUACCAUUGUAAGUUUUCCAUGCCAUAAAUUAAAUGUAAGCAGCAUUAUUGCAUAAUAAAACAUGGCUGCCAUUCAAAGAUGGUAGUGGAUUAUAGCAAGGGCAUCACUCAAACUAUUGUGUGAUUGAGGAAUUUGUGGAGGUGAGGGGUGCCUUAGUGCUGUAAUUUUUUGGGGGGAGGAUAAAAAUAUUUUGAAUGACGUGGUGUGCUCAACAAGGUGUUUUCAUGAAGGGGAGCUAAGCUGUGGCUGGGAGCAUUAAUAAACUACUGUGCAGCCAUCCAGCCUUCCUGAGCUUGGGUAUGUUGUCCGUGAGAAAUAAUUCCUGUGCUUGAUGAUGUUUGGUGUUUGGACUUUACUGCUAAGUGGGGGGUGGGGGGGGCUGGGGAAGGUACACUUUUAUGUAAAAUUAAGCUGCAGAAAAUGCUUACUGACCUCCAUUUCAUAUCUCUUCUAUCAUUCCCUUUCUGAUUUCAUACUAGCCUUUUUUAAAGAAAAAGAAAUACCUCAAAGAAUUUGAUUUUAGUUUUCUUCAAUCGUUUUAUUUCUCUCUUUCACACCUUAUCCCCUACUCCCGCCCCUCCCCCAUUCAUAACAUAAGGCAUCAAGCAUUCCUAAUAAAGUAUCGCAAUUGGUAGCAAUGGCCCAGCCAGACAUCAGUUAGUUCCUAAAGAGAGAUCUGAUGGCUCUUGGAGUCCAAUUUAACCUUCACGCCAAUACCACUGUGCCCAUCUUACCUCAUUUUAGAGGAAUCGCCUUUAGGUGACAUACUCAGAGGUUCAGUUUUGUCUCAACCUUUUUAAAAAAACACCACCGUAACAUGUACUUCCUUAGUUGCCCACUGUUAUCGUGUUCUACAUUAAGUAAAAGAAAAUAACUGUUAAUCUCAACAAUUCUCAUUUUGAAGGAGAUUGUUUUUUUUAACCAAAUCAUGAUUUAUUGAUGUGUUGGCACGGUAUUGGAAAGAGCGGAAGGUACUGAAAGUGUAGAAGGGCAACUCGGAAGGUUCUGACAGACGUAUAAUUGUUUCGAAGUAUUGAUGGUCAUGGCUUCUCUUACCUUCCAAACUCUGGAGAGGCCUCUGUAUAUUUAAUGUACGAACUGUGGCAUUGUUUGAUUUACCCUUUAAAUUCACCUGACUUAGUCAAGAAUUCAAUACAGUUAUUCAGGUGUCAGACCUUUUCUGAUGUACCCAACCAUAAAUGAUGCAUUAAAACUGUUCCCAUUUUACUAUGUACAGCCAUAAAGUAAUGGUGAAGCAUCUGGUUAUUGUUUGUUUUAAAACUUUUUUGUUUCAUUUUUUAAAGAAAUGUUAAAUAUGUCUUGCACUGUCUGAACCUCUAACAGAAAUAAUAUUUGGGACCACACUGGAUUUGAGGGCUGGAAACCUAGCCUUGUUGUCGUAACUUUUUUUUGGUGCUUUUCCUUCUCCCACACUUUACCCUAUUUGAUCCUCUCUUAUUUUCACCUAUUUUCUGGAGGUUGCAUUAGUCCUGCUGUUGUUAUGCAGAGAGUAAAACUUUUCAUUUAACCUUGACUCAUUCCCACUGCUUUCAUCGUCUGCUGUUUCUAUGAAUGGGAGUUCAGCAGGAGUGCAACAGAGGUGUUGCAUUGGUGAUGUUGUGUCUG